AUGGUCCCGGCCAGCAGCAGCUGUCCUGGCCAGCAAUCAGCCAGACCUCCGGCUGCAGCAGCGGCCCUGGCAGCAGCAGUGGUCCCGGCCAGCAGCAGCGGUCCAGCCUGCAGCAGACAGACAGCCUGCCAGCCCUCCAGCAGCAGCAGCAGCGCCGGCCAGCAGGAGUGGUCCCGGGCAGCAGCAGCUGUCCCGUCCAGCAGCAGCAGUCCAGCCAGUUGCAGCCAGCAAGCCAGCCAGCCUUCCAGCAGCAGCAGUAGCAGCGGCUCUGGCCAGCAGCAGCGGCCCCCGCCACUAGCAGCGGUCCUGGUCAGAAGCUGUGGUCCAGCCGGCAGCAGCCAGCCAGCCAGCCCUCCAUUAGCAGCAGCAGCAGCAGCGGCCCCGGCGAGAAGCAGUGGUCUUGGCAAGCAGCAGUGGUCCAGCCAGCAGCAGCCAGACACCCCUCCACAAGCAGCUGCAGCAGCAGCGGCCCCGGACAACAGCAGAGGUCCCGGGCAGCAGCGGCGGUCCAACCGGCAGCAGCCAGCUAGCCAGCCAGCCCUCCAGCAGCAGCAGCAGCAGCAGCGGCCCUGCAGUGGUCCCGUCCAGCAGCAGUGGUCCAGUCGGCAGCAGCCAGCCAGCCAGCCAGACCUCCAGCAGCGGCAGCAGCCUCAGUCAGCUGCAGUGGCCCCGGCCAGCAGCAGCAGUCCCGGCCAGCAGCAGCUGUCCAGCCGGCAGCAGCCAGCCAGCCAGCCAGCCAGACCUUCAGCAGCAGCAGCGACCCCAUCCAGCAGCAGAUGUCCUGGCCAGCAGCAGCGGUUCUCCCGGCAGCAGCCAACUAGCCAUCCAGCCCUCUGCAGCGGUCCCGGCCAGCAAUCAGCCAGCCCUCCGACAGCAGCAGCAGCAGCAGUCCCUGCCAGCAGCAGCGGUCCUAGCCAGCAGCAGUGGUCCAGCCGGCAGCAGCCAGCCAGCCCUCCAUUAGCAGCAGCAGCGGCCCCGGCCAGCAGCAGCGGUCCUGGCCACAAGAGUCGUCCCGGCCAGCAGCAGCGCUUCAGCCGGCAGCAGCCAACCAGCCAUCCAGCAGCAGUAGCAUCAGUGGCCCCGCAGCAGCUGUCCAGCCGGCAGCAGCCAGCCAGCCAGCCAGCCAGCCCUCCAGCAACAGCAGCAGCAGUUUCCCUGGCCAGCAGCAGCAGUCACGGCCAGCAGCAGCGGUCCAGCCGGCAGGAGCCAGCCAGCCAGCCAGACCUUCAGCAGCAGCAGCAGCAUCGGCGACCCCAUCCAGCAGCAGCUGUCCUGGCCAGCAGCAGCGGUUCUCCCGGCAGCAGCCAACUAGCCAUCCAGCCCUCCGGCAGCAGCAGUAGUAGCAGCAGCAGUGGCCCCGUCCAGCAGCAGCGGUCCCGGCCAGCAAUCAGCCAGUCCUCCAACAGCAGCAGCAGCAGCAGCAGUCCCGGCCAGCAGCAGCGGUCCUGGCCAGCAGCAGCGGUCCAGCCGGCAGCAGCCAGCCAGCCAGCCAGCCAGCCAGCCAGCCAGCCAGCCAGCCCUCCAUUAGCAGCAGCAGCAGCAGCGGUCCUGGCCACAAGAGUCGUCCCGGCCAACAGCAGCACUCCAGCCGGCACCAGCCAACCAGCCAUCCAGCAGCAGUAG